UGCACGUGACACUGUCGGAGAUUGGAGAUAACGUAACCAGACCUGCACUAACCCAGAUGCGUUAGGGGCAUCAAUAUCCGUGAUGGUCCCGCGUCUAACGGUCAGUGACGAUGUGGCAUACCAAACUCAUUCUUAUCGUUACCGGUCCUAGUCUAAUCGGCAUUGACAUCAAUCACUCGCUAAUCUACGAAGGUCUUUUCGUGGCCAACAGAAGCCGCACCGACAAUGAGUGGGAUUAAGGGAGUAUUCAAGGAGGGCUGGCACCCCAAGGGUAAAGGAGGGCAAAAGGAGAGCUGGCGGGGCGAUUUCAAAGGCAUUAACCAAGUGGCUGGAUGGAUGGGAAAAGGCAAAGACAAGGACAGCGAUCGUGAGGAACACGUCUCCAAGCCGCUCUCGUCGCUCAAGGACCCAGCAGCCUUUGGGCCACCACCGAAGCAUAUCAAAUAUCACGGCGCCGCUGCUGUCCCGAAUGAGACAACACCAGACCGGAGGGGUUUAGGUGCCCCCUUGUCGCAAGAAUCGAUUCGCCAACAGAAUACUCGUCAACAAGAGCAAGCGGAAGCCGAGGCAGAACCCCAGAAACCAGCACCCCCUCCGUUACCGUACCGUGCAAACAGGACAGGCGUUGAUCCGAGUACUCUCCCCCCUCCUCCCGUUAGACGCACGGGGUCACCAGCAGAUUCUGCGGCUUCUGGCGCUAGACCCAGCAUCCCACCCCGAAUUCCUUCACGGACCAAUUCCACGCCACAAUCCCAUUCACCUACGCCGCCUCCUGCAUACUCUCCUCAUCCUACCACAGAACAGACCUCUGAUGGCUACCUGAAUCAAGGGGCUACAUCUCGCCUUGCUCAGGUGGGAGUUUCCGUUCCCUCUCUGGGAAUCGGAAACCGUGGCGAUUCACCGAGGUCUGCGUCCCCAGCUACUGGUGGGUCAAUCGGUCAAGCUCCGGUCAGUGAACUGCAAACACGCUUCUCCCAAAUGAGGACCAAUUCCGGCAGUCCGUCUCGACCUCCUCCCCCGCCGGCCCGGGGGAGCCUAUCUGGACGGGAGUCCUCCACCGUGUCUGCGUCAGAUGUGCACAGCGCUACGUCCGCUAUUAAGGACUUCCGCGAGAAACAUGACGACAAGAUUCAAGCAGGAAAGCAGAAGCUCAGUGGUUUCAAUGAGAAGUACGGGAUCUCCCAGCGGGUAAACAGCUUCUUUGACGACCGGAAGGGCUCCACACCUGCGGACCAAGCGCCACCGCCCGUGCCUCCUCAUCCCAAUCUCAGUCGUUCCAACUCUAGCGUUGACACAGAGUCCAUUAGUCAAAAGAAGGCUCCACCACCGCCUCCCCCCAAGAAGUCAGGAAUGCGAUCUACUCCAGUGAAUGCACCGUCCCCGACGCCUCCUCCGGUGCCACUUGGCACCAAGCCACGCUAAGCAGAGCAUUCAAACAUAAAUAUCUCCUGGGGCUCUGUUUUGCUUUUUCUUUACGUAUGUACUCUGUAAGGGUAUCUCGAGAUCUUGGGUUGUUGUAGCGAUUGUAUCAUUACUUAUCUGGCGUUGUCUUGCUUAGGUAGCACAUCAAUAUCGUAGAAAUUUGUACAUGGAGAUGACUGAUAUUCAGUGCGCCGACGUAUCAAGCAAAUGUAGAUGCGAAAAAGGGCGACGAGAUCAUCUCAAUGCACCUGAAUGGUUGCUGAGCGUGCCAGCGUCCGCGUACUCCCAUGAUACGCCAUCAUGUGAGUUCAACAAUUUGACAAGGCCAAGGAUUGGGGCCUAAGGCGGUGAUCGCCACGAGUCAUGCACGGGCUGAGUCAGCGGGUAGCAUG